UGAACAAUUGAAAAUCGUCUUCGUCUUCUUCAUUUGCUAUCUCAGUUGAAAUUGUUUGAUUUUGGUGACGCCAAAUUUCGUCCAAUUUGGUGACAGAUCCCUGUAAGAAUCUCACAGGUGACGCCAUUUCAGUAACGAAGAACUCUUCUUCCACCAUUGUUGAAUCCAUAAUUCAGCUUCUCUGAAUUCGGAAUCCGAGAGCUUCGUGAAGAAGAUGAAGCGAUUACUGAGUGUUCUUUUGGUGCUUCUGGCCAUUGCUUGGGUUCCGAUGUUUGAGUGUUCGAAGAAGCCAUCUGCGACUGCUAGAAAAGAGGAUAUUCCGUACAUCAAAUGCCAGGUCUGCGAGAAGCUUGGUGCGCAGUUGUAUCACCAAGUUGAGAAGAAACAAGCUGAGAUUGCUCCUAAGAAGAUCUCGGAGUAUCAAAUUAUCGAAAUAGCUGAGAACGUUUGUAAUCUGAAGAAGGCCGAAGCUGAUUGGAUCUUACAGAUUGACAUUGUUGAACAAGGUGAUAAGCUGGAGCUUGUGGAGCAGAACACCGAAGGACAAUGCAAUUCAGAGUGCAAGACCAUUGAGCGUACAUGUCAAGAGGUCUUGGGAUAUUCUGAUACUGAUGUUGCUGAAUACUUGUAUAGCUCCAAACCAAAGAUUGAUUCGUUGGUUAAUUAUCUGUGCAAGGACCUCACUGAAUCAUGCAGUACUAGGCCGCCUCCAGUUCCUAAGGAUAGGACUCCAGGCGAGCCCUUUGUGGCCAAGUCAUCCAAAGAAGCUGAGAUGGAAAAGAUGUUGAGAUCAAUGGAGGGAAUGCCAGGGGCACCGAACAUGAAAAUGUAUUCAAGAGAUGAUCUUAUGAACAUGAAAAAUUUUGGAGGUGAAGACGAAGACGACGACGAAGACGAGGACGAAGAUGAUAGCUUUUCCUCAAAUUUGGGCAAAGUUUUGAGGGAGAAAGAGAGCAAGAAGAAUGAUUGGAAAACGAAGAUCACCAGAGGAGUUUCAAAGGCAGGAGAAGCAAUAAAACAGCAUGCUUACAAACUCUCCAACAAAGCAAGGCAUUGGUGGGGAGCAAAGCUCGGAGGCUUAAAAAGUUCAAAGCCCACCAAACAAGAACUUUGAAGUCUCAUUAACACUACAGAUAGCUUAUUGUAUUUUCAGUUAUCUUGAAGAAAUUUUUGUGGUAAUUUUUCAGUUAUCUUGAAGAAAUUUUUUUUUCUACCUCAUUGGAACUUAACAGUAUAAUUUGCUUUCUCACC